AGGUUGUAAAGCCCAACCCAUCAUAAACUUGAAAGUUUUCACUUUUCACAAACUCAAUGCUGUUGGUAGUAAGAUAGUAGUUGGAACUUUGCAGGGUUUUAGUACAAAUAUUUAUGAUCCCAAAUCCAAAAGGGCAACAAAAAAUAAUUCCAAAAACCUUUUGAGAUUUGAUAGAAAGAGAAGAAACCCAAAUCAAUUUAACAUUUUUCUUCUUCAUCUCCUUAUUACUACUUCCUCUCCUCAAUUUAAUAUAAUGGCAACCACAGCAGCAACAACAGCAGCAGCAAGUGGAGCAAUGCUUCGAAAAGCCACAUUCAAAGGAGCUGCAUGGUCUAAGCUUUCAAGUUCUUCUCACAUUUCAUCGUUUUCUUCUCGUUCCUUUACUUCUUCUUCUCUUAAAUUUGAUAAGAAUAAGGCUAAGGAAUCUUCUGCUAUUAAGGCUAUGUCUCAAACAAACAAUACCCAUGUCUCUGGUUUGCCUAUUAAUCUCAAAGGUAAGAGAGCUUUUAUUGCUGGUGUUGCUGAUGAUAAUGGUUAUGGUUGGGCUAUUGCAAAGGCUCUUGCUGCUGCUGGUGCUGAAAUUCUUGUGGGAACUUGGGUGCCUGCCUUGAACAUUUUUGAAUCCAGCCUUAGAAGAGGGAAAUUUGAUGAGUCUCGAGUGUUGCCAGAUGGUUCUUUAAUGGAGAUAACUAAAGUAUAUCCUUUGGAUGCAGUUUUUGACAACCUUGAGGAUGUACCUGAAGAUAUUAAGACGAACAAGCGUUAUGCAGGGUCUAGUAAGUGGACAGUUCAGGAAGUUGCUGAGUCUGUAAAGAAUGAUUUUGGCAGUAUUGAUAUUCUUGUUCACUCUCUUGCCAAUGGACCAGAAGUAACAAAACCUCUGCUAGAGACCUCUAGAAACGGUUAUCUUGCAGCAUUAUCUGCGUCGAGUUACUCCUAUAUUUCGCUUCUCAAGCAUUUCGUCCCAAUAAUAAAUCCAGGUGGUUCUUCGCUUUCACUUACCUAUAUUGCUUCCGAGAAGAUAAUUCCCGGAUAUGGUGGAGGUAUGAGCUCUGCAAAAGCCGCUCUUGAGAGCGAUACUCGGGUGCUUGCUUUUGAAGCGGGUAGAAAACACCGAGUUAGAGUCAACACGAUCUCGGCUGGGCCAUUGAGAAGCCGUGCUGCAAAAGCGAUCGGUUUCAUCGACAUGAUGAUUGACUAUUCAAUAGCCAAUGCACCAUUGCAAAAAGAACUCUCUGCAGAUGAGGUUGGAAACACAGCUGCGUUCUUGGCAUCGCCAUUGGCUUCUGCCAUCACCGGGACUGUUAUUUACGUCGACAACGGUCUUCACGCAAUGGGUGUGGGAGUUGAUAGUCCAAUAUUUAAAGACCUUAAUAUUCCCAAAGAUGAGAACCAUUAAGAACAAAUAUGUCUUAGGUUGAGUUGAGUUUUAAUAAACGGUUUAGUUAAAACACUUGACAUUUUUGGUAUCUUGUGAGACUUGGUAUUAUUAGUAUUUUUGUUUUGUUUUGUUUUGUUGGAAUUAUUAUUAUUAUUUUAUGAGUAAGAUUUUCUUGUACUAUUAAACUUUUCAUGAAUUUGAGGAGAGAAAAAUAAGGAUCCAAGUA